AUGAGCGAAAUUACCCACCCCACCAUCCAGGAUGGCUGGUUCUCCGAACAGUCCGGCAUGUGGCCCGGCCAGGCCAUGAACCUCAAGGUCAACCAGAUCCUGCACCACGAGAAGUCCCAGUACCAGGAUGUUCUUGUCUUCGAGAGCAGCGACUACGGCACCGUCCUUGUGCUCGACAAUGUCAUCCAGUGCACUGAGCGUGAUGAGUUCUCCUACCAAGAAAUGAUCACCCACCUCGCCAUGAACGCCCACCCCAACCCCAAGAAAGUCCUCGUCAUCGGCGGCGGCGACGGCGGUGUCCUCCGCGAAGUCGUCAAGCACGAGUCCGUCGAGGAGGCUAUCCUCUGCGACAUCGACGAGGCCGUCAUCCGCGUCUCCAAGAAGUACCUGCCCGGCAUGAGCAUUGGCUUCCAGCACCCGAACGUUGGUGUCCACAUUGGUGAUGGGUUUGAGUUCCUGAAGAACCGCCAGAAUGAGUUUGAUGUUAUUAUCACCGAUAGUUCGGACCCGGAGGGCCCUGCGGAGAGUCUUUUCCAGAAGCCGUACUUUGAGUUGUUGAGGGAUGCGUUGAGGGAUGGGGGUGUUAUCACCACGCAAGGUUCCGAAAACCAAUGGCUGCACCUCUCGCUCAUCGCCGACCUGCGCAAGGCCUGCAAGGAGGUCUUCCCCGUCGCCGAAUACGCCUACACCACCAUCCCCACCUACCCGUCGGGCCAGAUUGGAUUCAUGGUGUGCUGCAAGGACCCCGAGCGCAAUGUGCGCGAGCCUGUUCGGUCUUGGUCGCGUGAGGAGGAGGAGCGUUUGUGCCGGUACUAUAACUCGGAUAUUCACCGGGCUGCGUUUGUGUUGCCGAACUUUGCGCGGAAGGCUUUGCAGUCGUAGACUGUUUUCUUUGCAUUGUUGAAAGCAUGGACUGGGAUGGACAUAAGAAUAUGAUUGAUGGAUGGAUGAUAAAAUGCUUAUUAGUUAUUUAUGCAAUUGAUGUUGAUACCUGGAUCAGGAUUUUCAUAAACUACGAUACAGUAGGCAAUUUGUAUGAAAUGAAGAAUCGUAUUUUUGUUCAUCCUCUAGAUCUUGGAUGAUAUCAAGUUUCAUAAAUCACUAGAUCCGCAUUUUACCAUAACCCAUUAAAUAGAAACAACAUAACAAAGAAAAGACAUCAACAUGCUAACUUUACAGAAUCUGCUGGAAAGCACGGUUGAUAGGCGAGCGCACAGAGUGACCCUUGUAGAAGUCAAUGGUGGCAAGAGCACGCUUGCUAAUGCCCUCAGGAGUGAACUCGAACUUCUCGUACACC